CGCCGCAGCGCGGGGCGGCAGGAAGCGCGGGAGCGGCGCCAUGGUGCUGCCCGGUGCGGUGUGGGCAGAGCUGCCGGCCGAGAAGCGCAUCUUCUGCUCCGUGCUGCUCUUCUCAUGGGCCGUUUACCUCUGGGAGGCCUUCCUGGCACACCGGCAGAGGCGGGUGUACAGGACAACAACAUGUGUGCCACAGGAGUUAGGGCAGAUCAUGGAUCCAGAAACCUUUGAAAAGUCUCGUCUGUACCAGCUGGACAAAAGCACUUUCAGUUUUUGGUCAGGCCUGUACUCGGAGGUGGAGGGCACUAUGAUUCUUCUCUGUGGAGGAAUUCCUCUUCUCUGGAAUCUGUCUGGUCAGGUCUCUGGCCAUGCUGGUUUUGGACCAGAAUAUGAGAUUGCUCAGUCUUUGGUUUUUCUGCUGCUCGCAACACUCUUCAGUGCAGUGACAGGUCUGCCGUGGAGUCUGUACAACACAUUUGUCAUAGAAGAGAAACAUGGCUUCAAUCAGCAGACUCUGGGAUUUUUUUUUAAGGAUGCCCUCAAGAAGUUUGUGGUGACUCAGUGCAUCCUGCUGCCAGUGACUGCCCUUCUGCUCUACAUCAUCAAAAUAGGGGGAGACUACUUCUUCAUCUACGCUUGGCUCUUCACAUUAAUUGUUUCCUUGGUGCUUGUCACAAUCUAUGCAGACUACAUUGCACCUUUGUUUGACAAAUUUAUUCCGCUGCCCGAGGGGGAGCUCAAGCAACAAAUUGAAAUGAUGGCAAAGGGCAUUGACUUCCCCUUGACUAAAGUCUACGUUGUUGAAGGUUCUAAGCGUUCUUCUCACAGCAAUGCCUAUUUCUAUGGAUUCUUCAAGAAUAAGCGGAUUGUGCUGUUUGACACCCUCCUGGAGGACUAUUCUGCACUGAACAAAGAGCCAGCAGAAGGAGAAGAUGGUGAGAAUGAAGACACAAAGUCUAAAACCAAAAAUAAGAAACAAGGAUGUAAAAACGAAGAAGUUCUGGCUGUACUUGGUCAUGAAUUAGGUCACUGGAAACUAGGCCACACCAUCAAAAAUAUUAUCAUCAGCCAGAUGAAUUCCUUCCUCUGCUUCUUCCUGUUUGCCGUGUUAAUUGGUAGAAAAGAACUCUUUGCCGCAUUUGGUUUCUAUGACACCCAGCCUACCCUGAUAGGCUUGAUGAUUAUUUUCCAGUUCAUCUUUUCACCUUACAACGAGGUUCUCUCGUUUUGUUUGACUGUAUUAAGCCGACGAUUUGAGUUUCAAGCAGAUGCAUUUGCCAAGGAACUUGGGAAGGCUCAAGACCUAUAUUCUGCUUUGAUCAAGUUAAACAGAGAUAAUUUAGGAUUCCCCGUUUCUGACUGGAUCUUUUCAAUGUGGCAUUACUCCCAUCCACCGCUUUUAGAAAGACUGCAGGCCUUGAAAGAUGCAAAGCAAGAGUGACAGGAGCUGGGUCAGGCAUCCUGCUCCCAUCUCAGAAGCAAAGUUCAGAGCUGCUUUUUAAUUUCUUUUUAAAAAUAAUGCUAAUGAAGUACAGUGUUAACAGCAUCACACCCUGAGUCGGGUAUUAAAUUAUAAUUUUUUUAAAAACAAAAAAAUCCUGUGGACCUGAAUUUAGAAGUACUGGGUGAGGUCCUGCUCCCCACAUACCCAGGCUUUCAUCUCCAUACCAUAGCAUAAACUUGGAAAAGGAGGAAAACAAAUUUAUACACUCCAGAGCACCUAUUUCUUCAGUUUGUGUAUGCCUUGAACAUUGCUUUAGAUCCUUUUCCCAUUCUCACCACUCUGAACCUUCCCAGUCUCAAGUGUCUCAUGGUGAAGAGUGACUUGAUUUCUAGUAUAUGAUCCUUGUUCUUGCCAGGCACUGUCUGUGGGUUUGAAAGCUGACUGCAGGGGCUGGCCUUUCUCCUGGAUUCAUGUAUGUCACCACUGAAAAUGCUGCUUAAUAAACCUCCUUUGUCUGAAGCACAGGAGGAGAGAUGAAUUCCAGCUGAGGCAGUGCACCAUGGCUUCCUUGAAAAUGAGCACCAGUUGGUAUUUGGUAGCAUUACAGUAGGAUCGGGCUCCUCCCCUUCUCGGCUGUGCUGCUGCGAAUAUGGGCGGCUGUACUGAGAGCCAGAACAGGAGCCAGAUGUUAGAGAAAGUUGCUAAUUCUCUGUUCUCCCUUCUUCUUAUGAGCAGAAGGAUUAACAACUUUUUCACACCUCAGUUCCUCCCUUGCUGCUGUACUUUGUCCAUACACAUGUUUUGUGUGUGGAGUUGUCUAGUUGCUCAGACAAUGCAGCAGAGCUGAACUUUCACUCCAAGGGGGUUUGUCCUCCAUACCAUGGAAAGUUCUCCGUUAAUACAAAUCAAGCUGAAAUAGCAUUGGAAUACUUAGGAACACUCCUUGGCAUUGUUCUAGCCCAAGUCACAAUUUGUUCACAUAAGUUAGUAAAGGACAGAGAAGAUGUGCUGAUUUGGCUUCUGCAUUGAUUGAUUGCCUUGGAUUUUUCUGACAAAAGGUGGAAUUAAAUGUACUUCUGUUGAAACAAAGCUAAAGGUUAAUGUAAGGAAGUUUGUACGUGCUAUGCAAAUGUUUUGGAGCCAUCUGAAUGUACACACUUAGUGUAAAAAUCCAGUUUUCAGUCUGUGGUAGAUGAAAAGGGUCUGCACAGCUCUGUACAAAGAAGAAGCUGGAGCAAAUUCUUUUUUUUUAGAUGUCAAAUAAUUUUCAGGAGACUUUACUGUUGGCUUCAAUUUGUUCUCCUGGGCCUCAGGGGAAAUGCCUUGUAAGAUGAUGGGCACAGUGGUGUCUCAGGUGCAACAAGAUAAAAGCUGUUGCUGGAA